AUGUUCCACAGUACCCAACAGAUACAUUACUCUUAUUCCAUAUUAUUUGUUCUCUCUUCUCUAAGAUCUUACCUCAGUGGUGCAGUUUUGCACUUGGGUGCAAACAACCAGUCAAGAUAUGGGGAAGAAACUAGGAGAGUUGACUCAAUCGUCUGCCAUCAAGAUUAUGAAGCUUACUAUAGUGUCGGUGACAAUGACAUCUGUCUUGUAAAGCUGUCAGCUCCUGUUAACUUCACAGACUACAUCCAACCGGUCUGCUUGGCCUCAGAAGACAGUACUUUCUAUGAUGGAACUGCCAGCUGGGUCACUGGUUUUGGCACAAAUGAACACUAUUAUUAUCCUGAUACUUUCCAGGAAGUUGAUGUAUCAGUUUUUGGGAACAAUAAAUGCAGCUGCUUCUACAGAAACUCCUACUACUACUGGAACAACCUCCAUUCAAUAACAGAGAAAAUGAUGUGUGCUGGAAGUGAGAAUGGAUCAAAGACUGCAUAUUAUGAUGACAACGGGGCAGCUCUAGUGACCAAAAAAGACUCCACCUGGGUCCAAAGUGGGAUUGUGAGUUAUGUGUAUGAUUAUUACCUCGGUCGACCUACCAUCUACACUCGUGUGUCCCAGUACCAGAAAUGGAUCAGCGACAGAGUCACUGGCAUGGAACCAGGCUUUGUUACCUUCAUCUCCCCAGGCAACGACACGGACUUGAACUUCACCUGUCCAACUCUACCACCUACCACAACAACUCCUUAUCCUUAUUUCACACAUUACUAUAACUUUACCACUGAUGACAGCAUAUUUGCCAGUGGUAAAGCUCUGGUUCCCAUCACUCACUCCUUCUCUCUCUCUGUUCUUGUUCUGCUUCUCCAUGUCUUCUUUGGUGGGGCUAGAAUCUAACUUAGCACUUUGAGUGACCUUUAACUUUGCUUUGACAUGUCAGAUAGUUACACUGUACUGUUCUCUGUUUACAUGUGGUAGUUUGCUUUCACAAAAUUAUAUUUCUAAUAAACAGAUGAAGGUUGAAAUAUAUUAAGUUACGGAUUAGAUAACAAGAUCAAAUAAAUAUGAAAAGAAAUAUGUAAUUUCCAUUUCUCUUUAUAUUUAGUUUCAUGUGCUAUUUUUUUAACAUUAACAGUAAGUGCAACUUAAAUCUGUAUCUUUAAUUACUGGUUAUUGAUUUGUGGUGUUUACCUAUCAAUCAUAAGGCUUGAUUCUCAAAUAUGUAACAAAAAAAUUGAUCACUGAUAGAUUGAAACUGGAUUGUUUUUUUUCUAAUAAAACUAU